AUGGCUAGCGACGAAGACUACAUGUCGUUCCUUGCCAAGGCCAACCAGGACUCCUCUGGCGGCGGCAAUCAAGCCUCGACCCAAAGCAAGACACAGUUCAAGACCACCGACUCGAAGCUCCAGGUCCCAAAGGAGAUUACAGAUGCCGUGAAGGAUGAAUUCUACGUCAGCGACGCAGACGAGCCAUUCCACCCCGUGGCCCUCUCAUGGUCUGGAGAAGGUGGACUUCCCGAUGAAGUUGAGUUUGCCAAGCUGAUCAGCCACUGGGAUGCCGAGAAGGCAGACAUUGAGAUCAUGGACCCUGCAGACUGGGACAGGAAGGGACAGUACUCCAAGCUGGUGGAUGCUGUCACACAGGCCACAAAGGGCAACGACGUGAGGGUGUAUGCUGUCAAGAGGGAUCACUCGAGGAUUGAGUACUGGGUCAUCUCGGGGACAGAUGGCGGGAUUGUAGGCGCCAAAGCGUUGGCUGUGGAGAGUUAG